AUGUCUGAUGCAUUGAAAUUCAUCGGAGCUUUAUUAUUCGCCAUCACAUUUUUGAUAAAUGGUUUGACCGCCAUGCCUUACGUACACGAUCAAGAUAAGGGUCAUGUUAGAAACAGGUUUUUGGUCAGCAAGGAAGCUGGCGUAAACAAAUGGUCGGAUCUAAAGGACGUCAUUGAUCCUACCACAGAUUUUAAGGAGGUUGACGGAGUGCUAGCCUUUGAGGUCAAGGUUGAGCCUGCACCCCCACCAGGUGAAUCCGCACCAGUUCCAUCCCCAUCAGGUCGUCGUGCAUCCGCAAGACGUGCAUAA